GAUGGUUUGGUUCGCAACUGCUCUGCCUUGGCGGCACUACACCCGGACGAGGCCACAGAGGCUGUUGUUGACGCCGCGCUUCGUCUCCGGCGACCCUUCGUGGUUGUGCCAUGCUGUGUCUUUGCGCGGCUUUUCCCAGCCAGGACUCUUGGUGGGCGUGCAGUUGCGACGCUGCCGGACUUUCGUGAGUUCCUUCGUCGAAAGCAUCCAAGCAUUCGCGAGGAGAUCCUCCCAUUUGCUGGAGCGAACGUGGCUUUGUACGCGUCUUUCAAUGAUCAUGAAGACAUCGAGCAUGAGCUCGCGCAAAUCUCU